AUGGCUGAGUCCGUGGCCGACCGUUUCAAUAAAAUAGUCUCCGUAGUUCGUUUCUGUUUGCGGGUCUGCGGCGCUGAUGUGUGCGAUCUGAACUAUCGGAUGUAUUGGUUGACUUAUUGCGUUCUCGCAGCUAUUUUCUUCUUCUACGCCUGUACCGCCUACACUCUCUACGUCGGCGUGAUACAAGAGGGAGACUGGACGAUAAUGCUGGAGGCUUCUUGCAUGGUUGGCUCGGCCAUACAAGGUCUGACAAAGCUAUAUUUCGGGGUCACCAAGGGCCAUCUCAUGCAACAAAUGGAAGCAAUUUAUAAGGACAUCUAUAAGACAUAUGAGAGACUGGGAGGAGAGUACAGGGAACAGUUGAUAAAACGCAUCAAAAUCACAAAAGCACUGAUGAACGUAUUCAUGUGGAUCUACAUAAUACUGGUUGUCGCCCUCGUAUCCCUGCCACUCUUCUAUUUGGUCGUUUUCAAAGAGAAAAUGUUGGUCAUGCAGUUCCUUGUUCCAGGCAUUGAUCGGAACAGUGAUGUUGGCCAUUUGAUGCUUCUCAGCCUGCACACAAUGUGCCUUAGCUUUGGAGCUUUUGGCAACUUUGGCGCCGACAUGUUUCUGUUUCUGUUUGUUUCGAAUCUGCCCCUCCUGACGGACCUCGUAAAGGUGAAACUGAAGGACUUCAAUGAGCUUGUUGUGCAGCACACACGCUACAAGGAAACUCGAGCGCUUCUCUGGAACAUUUUUUCUUGGCAUCAGAAAUAUGUCAGAUUACUGAGCAGCAUGGAAGAACUUUAUAAUGGCAUUAUGUUUGUUCAACUCUCAACUUCCUGUACUGGUAUUUUGUGCACCAUCUCGUGUAUUUUCAUAGGGGUUUGGCCUGCAGCUCCAGUAUAUUUGCUAUACUCGGCCUCGGUGCUCUACACAUUCUGCGCUCUGGGAAACUUGGUGGAACUUUCGAACGAAGAGUUUGCUGAGGCAGUCUAUUGUGAUUGCAUGUGGUACGAACUGCCCGUUAAGGAUCAAAAACUAAUCAUAAUAAUGUUGUCCAAGUCUCAGAACGAAAUACUUCUCAGCGCUGGCGAUGUCAUGCCCUUAUCCAUGGCGACAGCUCUCCAGCUAAGCAAGGGCAUUUAUAGUUUCAGCAUGUUUUUGUUUACAUAUUUGGAGUAA